AUGGCGGCAGCAGUAGGAGAGGUACAGUUUGCUCUGUGUUCCGACUUAGCAGCCGCUGUGAUGCUCACGCAGGCGCUGCUCUGCAGCCUGCAGAGAUGCUUGGCUUCCAACCGAGUCUGGAGCCCAGGUCAGAUCAGAGCCUCCAGAGCCCAGGGUGGCAAAAGUGGGGAGAGGAUUAUUGAUGGAUUCCCAUGCCCAAGAGACUCCCGGCCCUGGCAAGUGGCCAUGCUCAAAGGUAAUCAGCUCCACUGUGGAGGCGUGCUGGUCAACGAGCAGUGGGUGCUCACCGCUGCCCACUGCAUGAUGAGUGCGUACAAUGUGCACAUGGGCAGUGAACAGCUGGGAAGAGGCCGGAAGAUCAGGGCCACAAAGUCAUUCUGCCACCCCGGCUUCUCCAAACAGACCUAUGAUAAUGACCUCAUGCUGGUGAAGCUAAAUAGCCGGGCCAGGCUGUCACCCAGUGUGCAGAAAGUCAACCUGCCUUCCCGCUGUGAACCCCCUGGGACCAAAUGUACUGUUUCUGGCUGGGGCACCAUCACCAGCCCUGCAGCGACCUAUCCAAAGGAGCUCAUGUGCACAGAUGUCACCCUCAUCUCCUCUGAAGACUGCAGGAAGCUUUAUGGGAACACGUUGGGAAAUUCCAUGCUGUGUGCCGGCCACCUUGACACCAGCACGAAUGCCUGCAGUGGUGACUCAGGGGGACCACUGACGUGCAAUGGUAGUUUGCAAGGCCUAGUGUCCUGGGGAAGUUUCCCUUGUGGCCAAAUCAACGAGCCAGGUGUCUAUACCCAAGUCUGCAAGUACGUGGACUGGAUAAAUGACACCAUGAGAAAGCAUCGUUAAUCUCUCCAUAAUCCCAUCUCUCCAUCCCUAUGCCCUGAACAGGAAAAUCACAGAAAUAAGGACAUUGAUGACCUACAGUCAUACUUGACUUUACAUUUCCUCAAAGACCUAUCAAAACCUCAACAAUAUGCCAUGUAUGUAAGCUAAUCAAGUCAGCAAGGACCUAAAAC